CUUUCUACUCACGCAUGCUCUGUUCUUCCUUUAGUCGGGUUCAAUGGUUAUGCUGCUUUGUAGGGCUGCCGAAACAUCGGACAGCUACAUUUAUUGUUAAUCGCUAUCAUCAUCGGAAACGCUCUAUCUAAACUGAUGAUUUAGCAAUCUAAAUCUAACUUCCGAAUGUGUAAAAUAUGUGAGAUAUGACUAGGUAACCAAACCUACUGGAUUUUUUUUACAGUAUGUGGAAUAGGUACGUCGUCAUUGCCUGGAAGGGAACGCCUGGCUAAGGAUAACAGUAAAGUACAGUUUUCAGUUCCACCGCUUUUUUGGUAACUUUGCAAACAUGUACAGGACAUUGGCUCAUCGCUUCUACCAGAUCAUCUGUGUUCUGGUGUUAAUAUACGAGCUCAGCGACUGCAGCGAAAGCUCAGCCUCCCAGCAAACCUCCCGCUUCUCUACUUAUGAGGUGACUGUGCCCAAACGCAUAACAAGACAGAGGAGAGACCAGGACAGCCAAGCAACAAACAAGGUGUCCUAUGUCAUCCAAGCCCAGGGAGAGAAGCACAUCGUGGUCCUAGAGAAAAACGAGCUGCUGCUUCCUGAAGAUUUCACUGUGUUCACAUACGACACAGAUGGCUCGCUCAUUACACAGAGACCCAACAUGCAGAAUCACUGCCACUACAGAGGCUACGUGGAGGACGUGGAGGGCUCGUCUGCUUCUCUCAGCCUCUGCUCCGGACUCAACGGGCGGUUAGUUAUUGGCAGUUCUACAUUUGGGAUCGAGCCUCUGGAGGGUUCCUCUGACUUUGAGCAUGUGGUGUACCGCUUGGAGGAUGAAGAGACGGAACCUCUCAGCUGCGGAACCACUCACGCUCAUCGCCAUGACGACAACGAUACUUCUUCCACCGACCAGACCAUUGGCCACUCCCACAGUGACUUAUUUGGGGAGACUGUCAGUCAUUUAAUCAGAAGCAAGCGGGCCAUAAUGCAGCAGACCCACUAUGUGGAGCUGAUGCUGGUGGUGGAUGUAGAGCGAUUUAACUUCAAUAACAGGAACGACACCUACGUUCGAGAGGAGAUGGUCCAGCUAGCCAACCACCUUGAUAGUAUGUAUGAGCAGCUGAACAUCCGUGUGGUGUUGGUUGGGCUGGAGAUCUGGACCGCAGGGAACCCCAUCAGUCUGGAUGGCAGUGCUGGGGAUGUCCUGGGUCGCUUCGUCGACUGGAGGAAGCAGCAUCUGUUGCCACGCCGACGCCAUGACAGUGCCCAGCUCAUCCUUAAGAAGGGCUUUGGGGCUACAGUAGGAAUGGCCUUCAUCAGUGCAGUGUGCUCCAGUAACCAUGGAGGAGGCAUCAAUUCGUUCACCAACCACAAGGUGGUCCCCUUCGCCUCCAUCGUGGCUCAUGAGUUGGGCCACAACCUGGGCAUGAACCACGACGAUGACCGGCACUGCGACUGCCCAGCAAAGAACUGCAUCAUGGGCUCUGGUGCCUCUGGGGCCACUAACUUCAGCAGCUGCAGUGCUGAUGACUUUGAGAAGAUGGUUCUGCGGAUGGGGCGCAGCUGCCUGCUCAACGUGCCCCGGCCAGACGAGGCGUACAGCACACCCUACUGUGGCAACAGGCUAGUGGACCUGGGCGAGGAGUGUGACUGCGGCUCCGAGCAGGAGUGUGAGAAGGACCCGUGCUGUGAGCCAAAAACCUGUAAGCUGAAGUCCUGGGCUCAGUGUGCCUAUGGUGAAUGCUGCAGGAACUGCAAGUUCCUGCCAGGUGGCUACGAGUGCCGCAGCCGGUUAGACGAGUGUGACCUACCUGAGUACUGCAACGGCUCGUCUCCUGUCUGUCAGGCUGAUAUGUAUUUGCAGAACGGACACCUCUGCAAGAACAGCCAAUCAUACUGCUACAACGGCAUAUGCCAGCACUACGAUGGUCAAUGCCAGACCUUGUUUGGCUCAAAGGCAAAGUCAGCUCCAGGUGCAUGCUUUGAGUUUGUCAACUUUAAAGGCGACCGCUUCGGGAACUGUGGCUACCACGACAAGGGUUACAGGAAAUGUGAGACCAGGAAUGCCAAGUGUGGGAAGCUGCAGUGUGAGAAUGUGAACUCGGGUACAGUGUUUGGCAUCGACCCCUCCAUCAUCAAAACCCCCAUUGCCAGCACAAAGUGCUGGGGGGUGGACUUCAUGCUGGGGCCCGACGUGCCCGACCCGGGCAUGGUGAGCGAGGGCACCAAGUGUGGGGAGAACAAGGUGUGCUUGAAUUAUGAGUGCAAAGACGUGUCAGAACUCAACUAUGACUGCGACAUGCAGAACAAGUGUCACGGCCAUGGGGUCUGUAACAACAUUAAGAACUGCCACUGUGAUUAUGGCUGGGCUCCUCCAUUCUGCAAGGAUGAGGGCUAUGGGGGCAGCGUGGACAGCGGCCCCACAUGGAACGAUAAGGACACCUCCACGAGGGAUGGCCUGCUGGUGUUCUUUUUCCUGAUUCUGCCACUGCUGCUGCUGGGUCUGUUUGUGUUCUUCAGACGGAACGAGCUCCGGCAACGUUUCUGCAGACGGAAGCGGUCACAGGGCUACGAGGCUGAACCGGUGCCUCAGGUCAACAGCCGAGUCCCACCCUCCCAAAGAGGAAAUCCCAACAUUGUUAAAAAUGGACACCAAGUUCAGUUAUUACCACCAGAAGAGGUUGUUCAGACGGAUAGGACCACCUCCUCACCGUCUUAUGCCCAGAGACCACCUCGGCCACCUGUCAAACCCUUUCCUGCAGCAACACAUCUUGUGCCUCAGAGACCCCCUCCUCCACCUCCCGUAUAGCCCACACACUGCAGAGGUCAAAGUGCAUCGUGGGACAUCGUGGUGGCCAAGGGCGCUUGAGGGAGCGGAGAAUGACCUGCCUGCAACAGUCCCCGACCUCUCAAUGUUCCUUCUUGGCCUUCCAGUACCGUCUCACAGCUUCAGGACAACAGUCAGCUGUCCAAUGGAAUCACAACGCUGUCACUUUAACCAGUAAAAACCUCCUGCAAUACGACUCAGAGUACAGGGCAGAGCCUCACGAACCCUCGUCCAAUGAGCUGGCUCCUGCCUGGAUAGACUCCACUGUGUCUACGGCAACAUGCAGAUUGUUUUUAUCUAUUGUUUUGAUUAUUAUGGGCUGCAUAGGACCACUAUUAUCGAUUGCACUUCACAGGCUCUGUUCUCGAUACACUGCAAUAGGAAUGUACAGAAAGAAAAUCAUGAGCCACAAGGAUUUAGUGUGGCGUGUUGACAUAUUGAUAGGUCUUGAAUUUUCUCUCUUUUUUUUGUUGUUGUGAUGAGCACUGCUUUUUUUUUAAAGAGCCCUUUAUCCUUGUGUGGAAUGUAAAUUGAGAACCUGCUCUGGACUGCAGGCUUAUUGUUCCAGGUUAAAGGUUAUGCCGCAAGCUGACUGCCAUAUUCUGCCCCCACCUGCAAUUUUGAUGCAUUUUUUUUUGUACUGACAACUCACAAUGCACUCUAAAUAUCUUAGAAAAGAUCAUCAGUGUAAGAAGUCGCCUUCAGGUUUACAACUGACUAUUUUACAUAGCCUUCGUAAAUAGAUAUACAACAUAGUACAGUUAUCCUAGCAGUAUACAGCAUGCUUUCUCACUUUCCUUCCCUUCUUCUCCUAAUGCCCAUCUAAGGUAGAAUCUCAGAGAUCUGAGCCUUACAGACAGCCUCACUUAUGCACACGUCAGUUAACAAAACAGUUUGUAAGAAGAAGUAGCCUUCACACGUCCAUACGAAACCAAUGGAUUUGAAACUCAAUCAUACAAAAUGACCUGAUGAUUUUAAUGCUGUGAUUAAACAUGUUCAAUUAUUUGAUAAUAAUAUGUGUUCUCCGGGCAAGGAAAAAGAGGAGAGUGUGUGACCACUAGGCUACAUGUGCCUUGUACAAGUGGUGAUUAUAUCUUGAUAUGAAUUUGUGUUUUACUUUGAAUUGCAUCACACUUUAGCCUUUGCUAUGCAGCAUGUUGAAGGUCACAGCUAACAACUCUACAGUGAGACCUCGUGUUCAGCAGUACACCUGGACCACCCAUAGGUCUGGAGAAAUGGAGAUAGUUCUGGAGUCAACUUCAUUAUGCUGUACAGUUUAGAGAGGCACGCGUUGCUCAUGAAUGAUCAGGUCUCUGAGAUUCUACUUGUUCCUCUCUGGUGCAUUGAUCUGACAGUGGAUUGAAGCCUCUGGACUCUAGCACUGUGGCACACUCUAAAGUGUUCAGAGAGUUGUGUAAUUUAUAUGACAUCCUACAGACACAUGCAGUUUGAAUGACAGUAAUAAGUCAGUUGAGUAAUCCUUCUCACAUUACUCUGCCCAUUGUCUCUCUUUAACUUUAUUUCACUUUUAUAGUUUUUUUAUAUCUUUUUGGUUCAAAUAAUUUUCUGUUAUGAUGGGUUUUGUAAUCAAGAAAGGUUAAUUGAGCAGUUUUGCUUCACACUUGGAAUAAUUUGCCAUUGUCAUGGAUAGCCAUAUUAUAAUUCUAACACUGAGGAAAAAGAAAACCUCAUUAAUUUGAUUCCUUUCUUCUGCAAGGGCUUUGUAACAGUAAGGGUUCAACAUCUGCAAAAAACAACUAAAGCUAAAUAUGAGUAAUGAGCUUUUCUGAGUCAGAUGGAGUCAGUAGUUCUUCCUUAGACAUGACACCGUCACACACACACAAACACACACACACACUCGCAUUCCCUUCAAACAAAUUAGUGCUUUAUUAUCCUUUCACAUUUCCUUUCAAACGUAUGCAGGCCUACAUAUACAAAUGCAAACACACACAUUUUUCAUCACAAUACUGAAUCUCUGGAGAUGUCAGAUACCCAUGGCACAUGAGGAUCCACACCUAAGUGUCAUGCAGUAUUGAAAUGAAUAUAUGAUUAAAUAAAUUAAUAAAUAUUAUUCUUUAUUUGCAAAGGAGGAUUGUGUAUAUGUGACUGAUAUUCUUAUCACCACUAUCGAUUGGAGUAAUGUACUUGUGCAGUAUAUAUUAUCUAAGACAGUAUACUGGAGGAACUCAUUCAUUGAUGUUGGUUGGCCUGAUUGCACUGCAUACUCAACUCUGGCAGGCCCCUUUUCUGUGUCUGAUUGUGGUGUUAUGUAACUGCCAUGUCCUCUCUCAAGAGAGGGGCUGACUAGAUGCUCGUACAGUAAUGAUGGUUGGUUUUGUUACUGCAUAUGAAAAUAAAAAUCACUGGUAUGUUUUUA